UUCACAAAUACCAGCCCUCUGCCGCAACUUUGUCCUUGGCUCCGUUUCAACAUGUUUUCAUUCCAAAAGUCACCGCACGGAUUGAAGGCAAACACCAGAGAACAAACUUCACUCCUGAAGCGCCUCCGUCUUCUUCAGCUCCUGCCCCGAGCCUCCGCCGUCAUGGACGAGUCCAUCUGCGGAUUAUUGCUGCUCUUGUGCGUCCACAGUGUCCGCGUGUCCGCGGAGGGUUUUGUGCUGAUGCCCGUUGAACUCGCUCCCAUCCCCUGCAACGACAAAGCGGUGGAGAAGCUGUCCCGUCUGGCUGUGACUUACAUCAACGAGGACCGCACAGAGGGCUACAAGUUUGCCCUCAACCGCAUUGCAAAUGUUCACCUGCACGCUCAGGGCCCAGCAGGCAACGUGUAUUACCUGGACCUGGAUGUCCUGGAGACCAAGUGUCACACAGGCAGCCCAAAGCCAUGGAAACGAUGUGACGUCAGGCCAUUCAUGGAAACACAAAUCUCUGGCAACUGCAACACCACCAUCCUGCACACACCAGAGGGCUACUCCUACCUGUACAGCUACGACUGCGCUCUGGUGCCAGAUCCACCAGAGAAGCUCCAGCAGACCUGCCCCACCUGCCCCCAGCUGCUUUCCGUAGACAGCCCCGAGGCGAUGAUCGCUGCUCGCGUCACUCUGGACUCCUAUAAGAGGAAGUCCAUGCUGGGUGCACAGCUCGGAGUGAAGAAGAUCACCAGGGCUGCAGCACGGACGAGGCCGACGAAAGCCAGCUUUGUGGAGUACACAGUCCAAGACUGUCCAGAAGGAGUAACAGAAAGAGGCACCUGCCAGCGACUGACAAUCAACUCAGACACACAGACCGCAGGUUUCUGUACUGGAUCCGUGCAUGGAGACGUGAACGUCCAGCCAGACGUCCAGGUGUCCUGCGAGAUGUUUAAGAUACAGAACGUCGACGUCCUGCAGCCGGUGAAGCCGCAGGUUCACGACCUCCUACCUGAGCCUGAAAUCCCCACCUUCCCUCCCGCGGUCGACGAGCCAGCUCCUGACCCCCCGUUGCCCACCGCCGAUCAGCCGCUUGAACCUACGCCUGCCCUCCCUUUUCCCGUGGACCCCUCCAUCGCCGUUAACCCCUCUGUCUCUCUCAGCUCUUCUUCCAGUGAGUCUGAAGAAGUUCCAGUAAACCAGCAGUCACCUGUUGCGGGAACUUCGGACUCAUCCUCUGAAGAAAUCGGCGGCCCCUUGGCUCUGCGUCCGCCGUUCAACUUCCGCUACCAGAGGCGUGAGCGCAAGAAACGCCAGGCCCUCAUGGAGACCUCCACCGGUCACAACCCCGUCUUCCUCUCCGAUUUCCCCAGCGGCCCCUCUCCUUUCAGGUCCUGUCCCGGCCCAGCCCGAUACACCACCGUUUAGCUGCUGCUCCGCUCCGCGUCUGUUCGUGUAGGACUCAUCCAGCGGGAGGCGGGACCGAUAAACCGCUGGAUGCUUGAAGUAAUUUGUGCUAAUGAGAGAAAUCCUAUCUGUAGCAGUGCUUCCGAAGCAGCCGAAGCUUAAACCUGUAUUAAUCGUCAAUAAAUCUUUUUUUAAAUCUUCUGCCAGCUACUUGAAUAACUGAUAUUUUAUAUAACCAAUAAAAGACCUGAAACAGUCAA